CUCCGAUAGUGGGGCACACUGGUGCAGAAUAAGCACGCAGAAGGAGGAAGCCGUCACCCUGCAGCCUUGGGUUUCCCGCUGUAAAGAAACCCACACACUCCGUCUGCUGUUCUUUCUCUUUCGAACAGGAACAUAGCAACUUUUAAUAUGAAUCACGAAUUCAAUUCUAAAAAGCAACAAGAAGUGGAAAAACUCAUCAACGAAGAGUACAAGACAUGGAAAAAGAACUCGCCUUUUCUUUAUGACUUGCUGAUUUCACAUGCACUAGAAUGGCCAAGUUUGACGUGUCAAUGGUUUCCAGAAGUAGAAAAUCAUCCCGAUGAGAAUUAUAAAAUACAGCGACUUUUGCUAGGCACGCACACGAACGAUGACGAUCGGAAUUACGUCCAAAUUGCUACCGUACGACUACCCAACAAUGAAAACGCUCCAAAUGGCAAGAGCACUGAUGAGAAUGCCAUGGAAACCGACGACGAUAACAACACAAGCGGCACUGCACCAUACGAUUCGCAUAUCAAGAUUGAACAGAAAAUUGUACAUGAAGGCGAAGUAAACCGAGCGCGUUACCAGUGCGACAAUACCGACAUGAUUGCGACAAAGUCAAGGGCUGGUGAAGUCUAUGUAUUCAACAGAAAAGAAUUUAGCCAAUUUCCACGCGUAUUUGAGCGCUUCAAUCCUACGUUGCGGCUAUCAGGACACGACAAGGAAGGAUAUGGACUGGCAUGGAACCCACACAAGAGCAAAUCUACGCAUCUGAUCAGUGGUAGCUUUGAUGCACGCGUUUGUUAUUGGGAUAUUGGUGCCACAUCGAAAGAAAACAAAGUCAUCGAGCCGUUGCGAGUAUAUACUGGACAUACAGCCCCUGUUGAGGAUGUUGCUUGGCAUCCUCAAUUCGAAUCAAUAUUUGCGUCUGUUGGGGACGACUGCAAGUUGAUGAUUUGGGAUGUCCGAAGCAGCUCACCAGCUGAUUCUCCGGUGCACGACAUUUAUGCACAUAAUGGCGGGGUCAAUUGCGUCGGAUUCUGUCCGAGCAGCCAAUUUGUGUUAGCAACUGGUUCCGGCGAUAAGACAGCCGCCCUGUGGGAUUUGCGAAAUACUCAGCAAAAAUUACAUGAAAUGCACGGUCACUCAGGGGAAAUUCUUCAAAUUGAAUGGUCACCCCAUCACGAAUCUGUUCUUGCGACGGCAGGCAACGAUAGACGAGUGUUAGUCUGGGAUAUGUCAAGGAUAGGAGAAGAGCAGUCGCCUGAAGAUGCACAAGACGGGCCGCCAGAAUUAUUGUUUAUGCACGGGGGUCACACCAACAAGAUCUCCGACUUUGGUUGGAACCCUGUAGACCCGUGGAUGCUGGCAAGUGCGGCUGAGGAUAACAUUGUACAAGUGUGGCAGAUGGUAUGUUGGAUCUUGAUGAGCGAGAGAGUAGCAGUGACGCUUUGUGACAACAAAAAUUUACCAAGUGGCUCUUUUAUAAAAGGCAAGUACUAUUUAUGGGCCGCCUAUACCAGAAGAUCUGGAAGAAGCAGCGAAGGGAGAUGAGGAUAGCGUAGCAGCAGCAGCAACUACCGGCGGGGGUGAUGCCAUGCAGGAAUGAUGAUCAGAAAAUUUCAGCAUAAUAAAUUUUUGCAGGUUUCCCAGCAGUCCCAUCCAAAACUAAAUUUUUCUCUAACAUAUAUUGAGAGCACAUUCUAUAAAAGCCUGGCACAUAAAUGCGAGA